CCUGCAUUUGUUGCCCCCACUCUAUAAGACCAAGCCUUAGAAUUUCGCUGUAAAGCUAGGAUUCUGCUUUUUGUUUUGCUUUGACACUCCAUGUUCCUCCAACCAUCCGCUUUCUAGCAAGAAGAAUGAUUUUCGGAUUGAAAAAUUCUCCCAAGUGAUAAUAUCAUUUCCCCCCCUAGGUUUUGACUCUGUUAGUCUAUGCCUUUUGUUGUCAUGGGUUUUUGUAACAUAUUCUCAAGUUCAUCUAACAUGGUCAUUGUGUUUUCUUCCCCUUUUCACUGAUCACCAUGCAUAAGAGCUGAAUUCUCAAAUCAAUUUCUUUCCUGAAAUAUUUGAAUGAAUUGCAUUACUUUCAAGAAGAAAGAACUACAGUAGACUACCCCACUAGCAAAAAUAUGUUUUCUCAUUUAUUUCUCCCCAAUAUUUGUUAGUUUCUUAUGUGAAGUUAUAGGAUAAAAAUCAUAAUAGCUCCUUAGGGAAAAUGACGAUACAUUUUAAUUUCUGAUUAUCUAAAGCCCCAACUUUAAUGAAAUAUCGUAAACAGUUUCCAAUUGGAGCAGGGAAAAGAAGAGAAAAUGUUAUGUGAAUACAUGUUUCAAUAUUUUAUGGCAGUGGCUUCUGAAGUUACAUUCACCUCUUCUACACAAUGUUCAUACCCCUCGAGUCCAGCAUUUGGUCUUGGCUUAACAGCUGCUGUGGCUCUUUUGAUUGCUCAAAUAAUCAUAAAUGGUUCAACCGGGUGCAUUUGUUGCAAAAGAAGCCCUGAACCUUGGAACUCUAAUUGGACAAGAGCCCUCAUAUGCUUUGUUACUUCUUGGUUCACGUUUGUUAUAGCUUUCCUUCUCUUGCUGACUGGUGCAGCACUCAAUGAUGAGCAUGGUGAGCAGACUGUCUACUUUGGCAACUACUACUGCUAUGUUGUGAAACCUGGAGUUUUUUCAUGCGGUGCUCUCUUAUCUCUCGUGAGUGUCACCCUCGGAAUUCUGUAUUAUCUGACCAUAAACCUGAGAAAAACUAGCAAUGGCACAUGGGGCAGUGCUGUUCCUAAUCAAGGUGGCAUUGCAAUGGGACAACCUCAGUUCCCGCCCCAGAGCACUGCAGGUCCGGUUUUUGUACAUGAAGAUACUUACAUGAGACGCCAGUUCCCUUGAUCAGUGAACUUACCACUUAAUGCAGUCAGUCAUGUUAGCAUGGAGAGUCUACUUCAAGUAUAUAUUGAGAGAUAGUCUGGAUGCAGGGAUGUAUAAAAGGGGAGUACGUUGUUGAAGUUAUCCCAAUGUAGGAUGUUUGUUUUGACAUGUGGGAGUUCCUUUGUUCAGUUGGAGUGUAUAUUACAUACUAGAAAAUGUGCACAAUGUGGUAAACAUUGUCUUAACAGAAUUAUAAUAAUACGAUGAUACAUUGAGUGUUUUUAUUU